UAUUUCAGGUGGCCGCUUGUUUGCAAUACGGACUUCGUAUGUGACUAGGCUCGUCUCCAUGGUUCCAUGACCAAACACAAAACUGAAGGUAUUUUUACGAAAUACCACCCACUCCGCCCAGUAACCGCUCUGACACCGUAUAUAUUUGCUCCAGUGCUCUAGUCUCUGGCCCUGGGCCGAUGUAAAAGCAUUUUCGCCUGUGAACUGUUUAUUUGUUAUCGUUACCGAGAACGGAACGGAAUCAGUCGAAUGAAAAUACUAUUACUCUUGCUCCGCUUUGAUGUGAUACAAGAAAAAAAGUUUUCCAUGAAAAACGUUCACCCACCGAUCACCGAUUGGAAAAGGAGCUGAUAAGGAUCAAAUUAAUCGACAAAUAAGUCUUCUCCACCCGGGAAAGACGAUUAGCACCGGAGUUUGUGUGCAAUCAGACGAACCGUUCAAAGGAAAGAAAAAAGCAAUGGCGACCAAGUCCUCGUCGGCGACAUUCGGAAUUAAGACUCGGCCCUUUUCGGCAGUGAGAGCUGUGAAAAGUGCUCCCAGUAUGCGGCCAGUUCCAGCAUUUUCCAUCGAGUCGCUCCAGAAGAACACACGCGUGAUGGGCCCUCCCAAGGCGCAGAAACAUAAACACCUAAUCCAACCGAGGGCGACCUCAUUUCGAAUGUACUACGACCGAGGAGAUCUGCCAAUCAAAAUGGAAUAUCUGACCGGUGGAGACAAAAUUGCGUGGACCGUUGAUAUCGACAAGCUGGACUAUGGGCUGUACCUGCCGUUGUUCUUCGAUGGUCUAUCGGAAACCAGGCACCCGUACAAAACCUAUGCCCGCCAGGGUGUACAGGAUCUGCUGGCGCACGGUGGAGACAAAAUUUAUCCCGUUAUACCGCAACUCAUCAUACCGAUCAAAAAUGCCCUUAAUACACGUAACAUCGAGGUCAUGUGCGUCACAUUGAAAAUCAUCCAACAGCUAGUAAUGGCAUCGGAUCUCAUCGGACCGGCACUGGUGCCCUUCUACCGUCAGCUGCUGCCAAUGUUUAAUGCUUAUAAAGUGAAAAACAUAAACUCCGGCGAUGCUAUCGAUUACGCUCAGAAAAACAACAUGAAUGUGGGUGAUCUGAUCGAUGAAACCCUGCAGGUGUUGGAACGACAUGGCGGUGAGGAUGCCUUCAUCAACAUCAAGUACAUGGUCCCAACGUACGAGUCCUGUUAUUUGAACUAAACAUUUCGUUGCCGGAAAAAAUGCUUUUCAUAAGUUAAAACAGGACCAGAACAGAUCAGAUUUCGUACCAUUCUAAUUAGUUAAGUAAGUUGGUGAAAUAGUGCUAAUUAGGAAUGUGCCAAAUUAGUUAAGUAGACGGAUUACUAUGUACGACAGUGCAAUGAAUGCCCCCAAAGUUUUAAUAUCUAAUAGGAUACCAUAUCGAAAUGUUACAAUUCCCAAUCAGUAGUAUAGCAAUAAUGGUUUUAAAUAUAUUUGUUAUAGUAUCCCUUCAAUCUGCUUCAAUUAAGUUUUAGCUAAAAAAUGCAAUAGCUGCUGUCGAAAUAGCAGGACAAGUUUCGUGACAAAAUGUAAUACCAAAGCUUUGCUUAGCUAAUAUAAAUACCCGGCUAAAUUAGUUAUGGAAUUUUUGUUGUGACUUCGUCUCAUCAGAAUCCGACACUAACAGAGUGACAGGACUAAGCAAGCACCGGAUUGACGCUAACUUUAAAAACGGAGACACUAAUUGCGUUCCUGAGCAAACCAGGAUGAUGUCGCGCAAGAAAAGUUCUUUUUCUAAACACUGGUGAGACGAAUUCGAAACGAAAAUUCUAUAACUAAUUUAUUUAUAGGUUUUGUGCCCUUAACGCGCAAAAGUGGUUUAAAACAGUUUUCUCAUUAGAGGAGAAAAAAUGGGUUUUACCCCAAUUUUCCUCCACUAAGGGAGAAAUAUAGCAAAGUGAAUACCGGUCUGUUGGUUUCGCUGUCGAGUAGUUUGAAAUAUCAGGUUUAAUAUGUUAUUUAGUGCACCACAAGUGUUCAUAAGUAAAAAUUUUGCGUUUAGCUGUAAGGUAGAAUAGUUUUUUUCUAAUAAUUAUGGACAUUCGUAGGUUAAAUAAUAAUGUGCAACAUUCCGUUUAUUCAAAAACAAUUGAAUUACUUUAAUCUGUGCAAUAAAAUUAGUU